AUGGAAGACUCACUAUUUGGCAAAUUCCCAGCCGAGAUCCGUGCUCAAGUCUGGACACUGACACUACAACAAGAAACCCCCAUCGAAGUCGACGAGUGUGGCCACCGAAUGCGAAGUUACAGCAAAAUCAAGCCGAACCUCCUUGCACUCCUUCGGACAUGUAAGUCGAUCAACAACGAAUGCAAGAGCAUGUUCUACGCGCUGAACCAUUUCACACUGCAAACGCAUCGAUCCGUGGCCAUUCGUCUGUCAGUUCAGAGAUUGGUCGAGAGUAUUGGGCCGGAGAAUGCUAGACUGGUCAAGACGCUGCAUAUUCAUUCCAGCGUCGAUGUCGAUAAUACGUUUUACACGACGGAGUACCUGGAACAGCACCUAGUUGAAGCUGAGAAAUGGUUCAACGAGGCCACGUCUUCGUUUCAUCUUCCUUACGAUUGGGGGGAGCUUAAAGUAACAGCCGGUAUCGAGGCCAAUCCUUUUGUCUGGAGGACAUUCCACAUCGAUGCUUGGAUCAGGGCUCGACGCAUGCCAGACGGGGGCUGCCGAUUUGACGCGUGUUGGUCGACAGAGGCUCUGCUGCAGAUAGUGCUGAAGACGAUGAGGGGAAGACUCAGCGAAGCCAACUACGCUACAACACUCAGUCAUGGAGAUAUUUGUAAUGGUAUUAUUGCUCUUUGCUUCGUUCAAAGGACAUCUAGCUUCUCAUCGACUACAAUCGAUUCAAGUUGA